AAUUGUUGUCAUGGUCUUUGCCUAGUUUGCCUCCAUGGUUCUCUUUUCAGAUGAUCAAAAUGUAAAACUCAUUGUGCAUGUAAAGAAAAUUUAGUAGUCCUGUAGGAGAUGCAUAAGGCUCACAGCCUUUCCUAGAUGGCUAAAAUCCUGGACUUUGAUCUACGCUGGUUAAUGAUGAUGCGUGUUUUUUGGGGGUCGUGUAUUGCUGGAGAAUGUUCUAUGAGUUUUAGUUGUGCACUAUUAACACAGACGGUUGCGGGGAGGUAUAAAUGCUGAUUUUGGCAACAUGUCUGAAGAUGACUGGAGAUGGCAUAUGUAUGAUACAGUCAAAGGAAGUGACUGGCUGGGUGACCAAGAUUCUAUUCAGUAUAUGUGCAGAGAGGCACCGAAAGCUGUUAUAGAGCUUGAGAACUACGGCUUACCGUUUUCCAGAACUGAAGAUGGAAAAAUAUAUCAACGCGCUUUUGGUGGCCAAAGCUUGGUUUCGGAAAAGGUGGGCAGGCCUAUCGAUGCGCAUGUGCAGCUGAUAGAACAGGGCAUGCUAUGCUACACACACUUUAUGGCCAAGCAAUGAAGCACAACAUUCAAUUUUUUGUUGAAUAUUUUGCGUUGGACCUUAUCAUGACAAUGAGGGCACCUGCCAAGGGGUAAUUACAGUAAACAUGGAGGAUGGUACUCUUCAUCGUUUCCGUUCUACAAAUACAAUUCUAGCCACAGGAGGUUAUGGUAGAGCCUACUUCUCAGCUACUUCAGCCCACACAUGUACUGGCGAUGGUAAUGCUAUGGUUGCACGUGCUGGAUUACCCCUUCAGGAUCUUGAGUUUGUGCAGUUCCAUCCUACGGGCAUUUACGGUGUGGGAUGCCUGAUAACAGAAGGUUCCAGGGGUGAAGGUGGUAUUCUUAGGAACAGUGAAGGUGAGAGGUUUAUGGAACGAUAUGCUCCAACUGCUAGAGAUCUUGCAUCUCGUGAUGUUGUUUCAAGAUCGGUGACGAUGGAAAUUAGGGAGGGCCGUGGCGUAGUAGCACUUUCAUUUGGGGAGAGCAGCAGCCAUGUCAAUCUCUUGCACCAGAAGCUUUCGGUUGGGUCGAGUGGGAGGAUUGACUUGGAAGAGUCACACAUCCAUGACAUGACCUGGCUGCACUUGCAUCCGCAGUUCACCCCUUCACAAGCAAAGCAGAAACAGAGACAUGGAAUUUGCAUUUGGAUUCUCUCUAGGAUCGGUUGUAGCUUUUGUUUAGGUGACGAUCUCUUUUGACCAUGGUGUGGAUUUGUAGAAAACGUAAAGCACCUUACUGUGACAUUGUGGUGGCAAGUGUAGGUCAUGACAUUUGUUUUUUUUUUCUUGAAUGAAUUUAAUAUUUUUCCAAAAAGUUACCAAGAGAAGAUACGUUAAAUGCA